UUACCUGGUAUCGUUGUAAAAUCCAUCGGAUUUUCUACGCAACCACGUACAUCGGUGAAUCUGAAAGGUUGUUAAAUUCUGCGAUAGAAGAAACACCGCAAAAAUAUAUAUUAGGUUUACUGGGAAGACAUGGAAAUGAUCGAGACGAUUGUGAUACCAAAUACUGAGGUGGAAUCAAAGGAAACAGUUGUGUCUAGCGGGGACACCGAUAAAAACAAAGCUGAGUUUAUUUGGACCCUGCAGGCUACAUGGCACCUGGUCAAUACCCGGUUAGGAAUGGACCAGGCCUUUGACCAGCCAGUAUGCAAGAAAAAGAAACUGUGGGAACUGGUGGCAGAGAAGGUGAAUGCUAAGCUGCUGGAGUCAGGGCUCACUGACAUCAGUGUGAAGGCUUACGAGUGUGACCUCAAGUGGAGAAACAUGCUGGCCACAUACAGGAAGAACACAGAGCGGGCCAAGAGACUGGGAGUCACCAGUGUCCACUGGGAGUUCUUUAAAGCCAUGCAUGACGUGUUGGGUAAAAGCAGGGAAGAGAUCGAAGCCCAGCAUCAGGCCAAGCUCAGUGGGACCAGAGUGGGCAAGGCCAUAGCCAGCAAGAGGUUCACCCCAAUCCUGCCUACGCCUCCGGCAACAGCAGCCACCGUCUGCCCCGCCAGACCUCCUCAGGAUGUCCUGCAGUUGUACAUGGAGCUGCAGGAGAGGAGGCUGAACAUGUGGGCACAGCAGAAAGCACUGGAGGAGAGGAAAAUAGACGCCAUUAACAAUCUAGCUCAAGCUAUCGCCAGUCUGGCUCAGAUGAACAGUGCGCCAACGUCAAAGGAUGGGCACUAGACCAGAGAGGACAGAUUUGGUUGUUCCCCAGAACUGUUUUAAAACUAUAAAAAUAUAACAGCUUGUUGUGGUACAAUGCCUUUAAUAUUUCCACUGGGUGUGACAGAAAGAAAGGUAUUAUUUUUUCAGUAUAAGAACACAUAGAUAUUUUUAUUGUUUCAAAUGAUGGUACGAUUAUUUUUAUACCUGUUCUGACAAAUCCACUUGAAAUGUUUGAAGAAGUGAAUGGAAAGAGUAAAACGUGGAUGUAACAAUAAUCGGAUGUCGCUGCACCAAGGUUAAAAACACCAUUAAAACGCACAAAGUGUAAAGUGAAGCUAUUUGAAAUUAUCACUAACAGAUGGGAUGUGUUCAUAUUCUGUAGGAUUAGAAAGAUGUCAGUAAGUUCUGUCUUUCGGACUGCUUUCUAUUAGGACAAUUCAAAAUCCUCGUCUUUGUUUAUCAUUUCUUCCAGGGUGGUGCUCCCCCCUAUCUGGCCACACUCCUGAACAGACACUCCCCAUCACGCGCUCUGCGCUCCUCUGACCAAGGCCUGCUCGCUGUCCCUCGUUCUAGGUGUCGUACCUGUGGGGACCGGGCUUUCUCAGUCCUAGCACCGUCACUCUGGAACCAGUUGCCACCCUCAGUUAGGCUGUCCCCAUCUCUGCCAGUCUUUAAGAGUCACCUAAAAACACACCUCCUCCGCUUGGCGUUUCCUGAACAUGUUUGAAUUUGGCCCUCUUUUAUGUAGAAUUUAUUUCACAGUUUUCAUUGGUUCACUCAAUCCAUUGUUUUACACAUUUGUCCUGUACCAGAAUGUUUCAUCCAUUUUGUAAUUUGUAUUUUGUAAUAUGAAUUGCUUUUAUUGUUGAUUUAUUCAAUAUAUUUACCUACAACUGAACCAUGUUCAGCGCUUUGGGCUUCCUGACAGGGUUGCGGAAGGCGCUUUAUAAAUAAAGCUUUGAUUGAUUGAUUGACUGGGCGAUAUGGCAUUAAAUCAAUAUAACGAUAUAUUGAGGAUUUCACCUCGAUAACAAUAAAUGGACGAUAAGUACAGGUAUGCGCAGAAACAGAAGUUGUCCACUAGAUGCGGCUGUCACGUGUGUUACCUUGAGUCACAUUUUUACGUAACUGGAGGUGGUACAGCUUCUUAAAGGGACACGAACGUUGCCAACCUACACACAUCUUUUAAAUUUUAUCAAAUUUAUUAACGUGGGAAAAAGUGAUCUCGGUAAGAGUCAGAAAUUUCGAUAAUGAUAAAUUUUCGAUUUAUUGCCCAGCCCUACUUUCUAUAUCCAGAGCAUCACAGUUUAAUCACGAAUAGUUUAAACAAACUGAUGUGAAUGUAAUAAAUUGUAAGACAGGAGUAGUUCAUUAUAGUGAAACUUUAAUCACUCCUGCCGUGAGUGUUACCUUUAAGAAGCGAUUCCUCUCUUGCCAAAGCUGCUUAUAUCUGUAAUCUGUCCCUACUUGAAUAAAACCAAUCGGGUCUUUGGUGCUGCUCAUAGUUUAA